GGGUGGGGCAAAAAAAACUGUAAACACCAACUGUGCACUUCGGCUUAGCUUCUGAUCUGACUUGAUUUAUAACAUCAGUUAGCUGGUAGUACAUCAGAUGGUAGCAAGGAUCAACAAAAAUGUUCCGUUAGCGCAUAAAACUCGAAACGCAAAAUGCGAUGCUAUCUUCAAGCAUUUCUCCUGUGCAUGGUCUUUACCUUCUUCUCACUGCUGUAUGUGUUCAACCAACUAGCCUCCACCUUGGAGGACGGAGACGACUGGGACUUGAAAGAGCAGGGGAUACCCGACAGGCGCAGUCAUGAUUCCGGGCUUCUUCUCAGGAAAAGGCCAGGACUGGCAGGCCUUCGAGACCGCGAAGAAGGGCUUGACAGGUGUAAAUCAGUGUCAGUUUCUUACUGGAAGCCAUAUUGGAGACUGCCUGCUGAUGUUUGUGGAGUGAACUGCUUAUUGGAAUCAUCUCUUAGGGAGAGGUCAGGCUCUGCAGUGAGGGAACAUAGAGAUGAGAGAAGUCACCUGGCUGUGGUGGCCUGUGGCCCCAGGCUAGAGGAGACUCUCACCAUGUUGAAGUCUGCCGUAAUCUUCAGCAAAAAACCUCUGCAUUUUUACAUCUUUGCUGAGGAUGAUCUGCAUGACAAUUUCAGAGAAGCUCUGGACUCAUGGCCCAGAACAGUUCAGACCAAAUUUAACUUCACCAUCUACCCCAUCACUUUUCCCAAGGAGAAUGCAAGGGAGUGGAAGAAAUUAUUUAAGCCUUGUGCCUCUCAGAGGCUCUUUCUUCCGCUCAUCUUAAAAGAGGUGGAUUCUUUGCUCUACGUCGACACAGAUAUAAUUUUCCUGCAGCCAGUAGAGCAAAUCUGGGCCCUUCUCUCUCAGUUCAAUUCGAGCCACUUAGCUGCCAUGGCUCCAGAACACGAGGAGCCACGCAUCGGCUGGUACAACCGUUUUGCCCGCCAUCCCUACUAUGGCAUGACGGGCAUCAACUCAGGGGUCAUGCUUAUGAACAUGACGCGCCUCAGGGAGAAAUCUUUUAAGAAUGACAUGACCACAGUUGCACUGAAGUGGGAGGAGAUUCUGAUGCCCCUUCUCCAGAAGUAUAAACUCAAUAUCACUUGGGGUGACCAGGACCUUCUUAAUAUCAUAUUUCACCAUAACCCAGAAAGCCUAUAUGUGUUCCCCUGCCAGUGGAACUACCGUCCAGACCACUGUAUCUAUGGCAGCAACUGUCAACAGGCUGAUGAAGAAGGGGUCUUCAUUCUCCAUGGUAACAGGGGAGUUUACCAUGAUGACAAGCAGCCUGCAUUUCGAGCUGUCUACGAAGCCAUCCAAAAGUACCCAUUUGGGGCGAACAUGGAGUCCUCACUGCUUCAUCCGCUGGAAGCAUCGCUACAGACCACCAAAAAUGGCUACUGUGGAAGAGCCAGUCACCUGUUUACGAAGAAGUUGAAACAGAGCAUCAUGUCUGUUCAACAAGAUGUCACACAGGGAAGAUGAUCAGCACAGCACUCUGAUAUCAUUGAUGUUAUGAUUAGUGUCUAAUGUCUGUGGAAGUAGAGACUUGGAUGUACGACACUCCUGUGGAGACAAUGAGCUGGAUGACUAACAGACUCAGGUCAACACUGAGCCAUCAUCUGUUUACCAAACUGCAUAUCAGGGGUGGGAAUAGGGAUGGGGAAACUGUUCUCUAAACAGGUUAUCUUUUUAUUCUAAAGUGAAGCCAAUGUUAUCCGUCCAAUGAACACACAAUCAGGUCACAAAUGCUUUCUCACCACGGUGGAAAAUGCACUGACACUUUCCGUAUCUACAAUCACUUUGUAAAAUUGUCUUAAAAGAUAUGCAGCAGGGUACCUAAUUAUCCUCAUAUUUUUUUUAGUAUUUUAUUAGAGUUGUUAAUAUAAUCUUGAAUACAGGUUUUGUAUUGGUGUGUUUGUCACUGCAGUAUAUCAUGGAAAAGGGUUGUCAUCAUUUUCAGGUACUAGUUAGUUGGACUGGAAUUAUCUUAUUUUUUCAUUGAACGAAACAAAUGCUCAUUAAGAAAACGUUUAUAGAAUGUGAUCAGUAUUUAUUACAGUUGAACAUCUGUGACAGGAAGCACUUUUGAUUGACCUUUUCACUUUAACAUGAGGCUAUAAUGUGUUAUACUGUGGUAUUGGAGUUUGUCAAAUAAUUGUUUACUGUUCAUUGUAGUAGCAUUUAAAGUGGCUGUACACAGAAUUCAGGACAUACUUGACAAAGGGACUCAAAGGCACGCAUGGCUAGACUGACCACAACAAUUUGUUGUUGUUUUCUGUCAACAAAGACCAGAGAAGCUUGAAUUAACACAGAUGGAAUGUGACUACAUUUCCUGGUCAGAAUGCCAUUACUCCAUUAUAUCUUUACAUAGUUGUUUACUACAAUAUUUAUGUUCAUUAUUGUCUGAGAAUCAAGUACAGCCGCUUUAAAGACUUUCUUUGCAGAUUUUGAACCAGCUUUCUGUUAGCUUAGUGUGGGCAGAGUGGUUGUCAUUGAUGGCGCAUUGGGUUUCUGCUAUUGGCCAUUCAUCUGCACACACCGAGAUAACACAAAGCUGGUUGAAAAUCAUUAAGUUAUUUCAGUAACUUUAUCAAUAUGAGCAUGUUUUUCCAUAACUGGAACAAAGUCUUAUUGAGCAGUUAGUUUUCAAUCAAGCCAUGCAUCAUGAAAUCUCCUUAAACAGGUUUAGCAAAAAUUUGCACUAUUGAUUUGAGAAGUUGUGGAUUUGUAAAACCAUAUAAAUUCAUAUCUGUGAUUUAAACCUAUUACUGAAAAGCCAGCAACAACAUUCAAGUGUAUAUAUUGAAUCAGAAAUAGAUAUUUUAUUAAAAACAAUUUCCAACGGUUUCUUUGAUGCAUUAUGUAGUGUCUAACAUAUGCUUGCGAUAUGGAUGAACUGGAAAAAGUCUUAGCAUUUUAAUGUGAUUGCUCUAAAGUACGUGCUAUGGUUUAGAAUUUCCCUUUGAAGAGUUAAUAAUAAUUAUUUUUGGCUGCAAAUGUACUUUAUUACACAUGAAACCCCUAAGAGUAUUGAGGGGGGAAAUGAAGGAAUUAUAACAAUUAAAAAAUUGUGAUAAGGCAAAUUCUGGAGGAAUUAAAUUAUUUGAC